AUGGAUUUGAAAACGUGGCUCUGCCCACGUGGUCCUGCCCUCACGUCCCUGCCCAUAAGGACCUGCCCACGUGGUCCUGCUCAAUGUGGCCUUGUCACGUGGCCCUGCCCACGAGGCCAUGCCCACGUGGCCCUGCUUAAGUGGCCCUGCCCACAUGACCCUUCCCACGUUGCCUUGCCCAUGUGGCCCUGCAAACGUCCCCUGCCCACGUGGCACCCGACCACGUGGCCCACGACCACGUGGCGCCCACAUGUACCCUACAUGGACCCCAACCACUUGGACCCCCGACCAGGUGGCUCCGAUCACUUGGACCCCCGACCACGUGGCUCCCGACCACGUGGCCCCCUACCACGUGGUUCCCACGUGACCUUCACGUGGCUACCACGUGGCCUCAACGACCACUUGGACCACCGACCACAUGACCCUCGACCACAUGGCCCCCGAUCACAAGUUCCCCCGAUCACAAAGCCUUCGACAACGUGGCCCCCGACCACGUGGCCCCCGACCAUGUGGCCCCCGACCACAUGGUCCCCCGACCACGUGGCGCCCAAUCACGUGGCCCCAACGUGA